UUGUUAUCGCGCCUCGAGGGGAAGUGAGGAGCGAUUUGCGUAAAGCGUUUUCUUUGAAAGUGUUGUUUGAGCCUCUUUGUCUCCGCACAAAGAAGAGGAAUAGCGAUUUGAGUAUCUUUGUUUAAUUGGUGUGUGCUUCCCUGGAGAGGGGUAAGGAGUUAAGUGUACCUUCCCUUCGUGUGUGUCUUUUAGGGUAUUGAGAAAUGAGUGACAGUAUUGCCACCACGAAAAGUGAAGAUGUGUUAUUUGACCUUUUAGAAAAACAUGGUGCUCGGCCCUCUUUAUCAGGGGUGGAUUGGGCACGACAAAACUGGUAUAACUUGCAGAGUGUUUCAGACCGUAUUAGUGUUCUGCAAAGGAAUGCUCGUAGCCGAGCUGGAAAAGGAAAAUCGUUUAUUUGUGCAGUAUUGGGUUCUGCUCUGGUUGCUGCUAUAGAAUUCCGAGACCAGCAGCUUAAAGCAGAAAACCAAACCAUAGGAUCUCUGCAAGAGUUAGUUCAGACUCUGCAGAAACAGACAGAGGAGCUCAAAAAGCAAUUAGAAUAUGAAAAACAUGAUGCAGCUCUUUUACUAGAGGCUCUGAAGGAACAAUUAAGGUGUAGGGAUACUACCGACACUGUCGUUCAUAACUUGCCUCAAGAAAAGGUCUAUCCUUUAGAAGGACUGAAAGAAAUAAAGUCCAGGCUUAACAAAUUAGAGGACUCGCCAGCCCAAUUGCGUCCUUUGAUAAAAACUGAAUAUACAUUUGAUAACAGUGAGGAUCUGGACCCUCAAAUGAAUGUUAAAGAAAUCCCCUUCUCUGCCACUGAAUUGGCAAAGCUGAGGAAGGAUUUUAGCCGCUCUCCAAAGGAAUCAGAGACAGAGUAUGUUUGGAGGGUUAGUCUCACUGGCGGAGACCAAAUUCUGUUAACUGAAAAGGAAGCUGAAGGUUAUUGGGGGCCUGGAGUAUUUUUAACUACUGGUAACAACCGUGCUCCUUGGUCCCUAACACAGAGGGCUGCCUAUUGGGCAGGUGGUCUUAACCCUUUAGAAAGGGGAGACCCUCUUGCUAUUAAUGGGACAGUUGAUCAAUUGGUUGAAAGUGUUCAAAAAGCUGCUUGUCUGCAAAUGAUGUAUGAUAGAAAGCUACAGCCACAUCAUGAAUCACCUAUGAUGAUGCCUGUUGAUCCUGAACGGAUGACUCCUUUAAUCAGGGGGCUUCCAGAAUCACUGAAACCCAUAGGCAUACAACUACAAGGAAAGAUACAGGCUAUGCCUCAGGGAGAAAGAACCCGGGCAGCAUUAGAAGGAUCUAUAACCUCGAACCAUCUGCAGUCAGGACAUAAAGCAUGGACAUGGGGGGAGGUUGCCCAAGAAUUAAUUAACUAUGGGAGAAAAUAUGGGCCGGUGAUUUCUUCCACCAGUAAAUUUGAAACAAAAGGAGUGAGGCGCGCAGUGGCCAAUUCGACCCCGCCCCCUAUCCAGACUAGAAACAACGGGUCUAAAGGGGUCUCAUUUUCUAUGAAACCAAGUGGGCGAAAUAUAGAUCAUAAACGUAAUAAUCUUUGGACACUAGGCUGGCAGAAGGGCAUUCCGCGAGACUUAAUGAAUGGAUUAUCUACUGACAGGUUAGAGAGGUUAGUUAAUGGAUGGCCGAACCAGAAGCUCGAAAAGAGCAACACUCUAAUUCCGAGUGCCCCUUCUUUGGAAUCAGCCCAGACACUAGGGCCACAGGAAAACUAAUGCCUUCGCUCCUCUCAAGUGAGCGGGGGGGCGGAGGUUGGAUGCACAUUAGAAAGCUCACAACAAAAGGAAACGACCUGUUAAUCACAUGCAUUGUUGAACCUAGACUAGUUCCUC